CCCAGUAAAGUGCAGUGCAGGAAAGAGGGACCUCAACUCAAUAGCAACAGAUACCGCCAACUUAGGUUCCCCAGCCACUACUCUAACGACACCCCCUAGCUGUACCCAGCUGUCUUCCACCCUCAUCACACCCUACCCUCUUUUUUUUUCUUUACCCUUUUUAUGUUAUUAUCACUAAUAUCUCUAAUCUCUCACCUCUUCAACCAAUUCAAUUUCUUCAUCCUUUUCCAUUACCCAAAACUCACACUUUCACUGCACAUCAUGUUACUUCUACAUUUCCUCAAUUAAUAACACUUCUCUUUUUUUCUUUUUUCUCAACUCUUUUGCUAUGGAUCCUUGUCCUUUUGUCCGUCUCACCAUUGGUAAUCUCGCCCUCAAAAUCCCCGUUGCUUCCAAAGCUGCUCGCUCCGUCGUUCAUCCGUCGUCUUCUCCAUGUUUCUGCAAAAUCAAACUCAACAACUUUCCUCUCCAGUCCGCUCAAGUUCCUUUCAUUCCUCACGAUAACCACUCACCUGACUCACAGUCACAGAUUCAACCUAUCGCUGCAUCUUUCCAUCUCAGUAAAGCUGAUCUCGAUAAACUCGCCGGAAAGUCUAUUUUCGUUAAGAAACUCUGCCUGAACAUCUCGAUCUACACUGGUCGGAGUGGGACCACCUGUGGUGUUAACUCCGGGAGACUCCUCGGGAAGGUCUCUGUUCCGUUGAAUCUCACCGGAGCUGUGACCAAGGCUACAGUGUUUCAUAAUGGAUGGAUUACAGUCGGAAAGGAUGCGAAAGGCGCUUCUGCACAGUUUCAUCUGAAUGUUAAAGCGGAACCUGAUCCUAGAUUUGUUUUCCGGUUCGACGGCGAGCCGGAGUGUAGUCCGCAAGUUUUUCAGAUCCAAGGCAACAUUUCGCAACCUGUUUUCACGUGCAAGUUCAGUUUCAGAAACAAUAAUGGUGACCGUAAUCAACGUUCAAGAUCAUUGCAAUCGGAAGCAGGAAGUUCUAGAAGCUGGUUAAGUUCGUUCGGAAGUGAACGUGAGCGUUCAGGGAAAGAACGGAAGGGAUGGUCUAUUACAGUUCACGAUCUUUCCGGUUCGCCGGUAGCAGCUGCUUCAAUGGUUACACCUUUCGUUGCUUCACCCGGUUCGGACCGGGUUAGUUGCUCUAACCCCGGUUCAUGGCUUAUUCUACGUCCUGGAGAUGGUACAUGGAAGCCCUGGGGGAAACUCGAAGCGUGGCGUGAGCGUGGUGGUUCCGAUGGCCUUGGUUACAGGUUCGAGCUUAUGCCGGAAACAAAUGGAGGAAUGAGUGCCGGAGGUAUAGUCAUUGCGGAGUCAACGUUGAGUUUGACUAAAGGUGGAAAAUUUGUUCUCGAUUUGAGUAGCCGUUGCGGUGGAAAUGGUGGUGGAGGAGGUGGUGGUUUGAAUGGUCGCGCUACGCCGGGAAGUGCGACUUCUCCGGUGUGUAGUCCGAGAGGAAGUGGUGAUUAUGGUUACGGGCUUUGGCCUUAUUGUAUGUACAGAGGGUUUGUUAUGUCGGCGAGUAUCGAGGGAGAAGGGAGGUGCAGCAAACCUACGGUGGAGGUGAGUGUGCCUCACGUGAAUUGCACGGAGGAUGCUGCGGCUUUUGUAGCGUUAGCAGCAGCCGUUGAUUUAAGCGUGGAUGCUUGCAGGCUAUUCUCUCAACGGUUAAGAAAAGAGCUUUGUCAGCAAAUGGAUUUACUUGGAUGAAUUCUGUGUCGUUUCAUGCUUUUGCUGGCCCUAUGUUUACUUUUUUGAAUUUUUUAUGGGGUUGUUCAGUUUGAGUGAGGCAUUUUGAUUUUACUAGUACUAACAAACAAUUUACAGGCUGUACAGGAAUGGGUGUGUUAUGUUAGAGUGGGGUUGUGGGUGGGUUCACGUGUGGCUUUUCGUUGAUUUUCUAUCUUUUUUUUUGUUAAUUAUGGGAAAUCAAGAAAAGCUUUUGUUGUGUUUAACAUUUUUUCUUCUUAAGAAUUGCUACUGUUGCACUGACUCAUAGCUCAUGUGUUUUUGUGCUUUUCUUUUGUU